CCUGUUCUUCUAUCUAAUUGCAGGGAAGACACAAUGCAUCAAUCAUUUCCGGAUCAACGAUAGCUGGUACCUUGUAGAUUUACCAGGCUACGGGUAUGCAGCUGCGCCACAUGAAGUACGGACAGAUUGGGCUAAGUUCACCAAAGAUUAUUUCCUAAACCGGCCAACCCUUGUCUCAGUCUUCCUCCUCAUAGAUGCUAGCAUCCCUGCAAAAAAGAUUGAUCUUGAGUAUGCAAGUUGGUUGGGACAGAAUCAGAUCCCAAUGACACUAGUUUUCACCAAGUGUGAUAAGCGGAAAAAGAAGAAAAAUGGAGGGAGAAGGCCUGAAGAGAACUUGCAGGAUUUUCUAAAGUUGAUACAGAAGUUCUUCCAAACUGUACCACCUUGGAUUAUGACGAGUAGUGUCACCAACCAAGGUCGAGACGAGAUACUGUUGCACAUGUCUCAGCUGCGAAACUAUUGGCUCAAGCAUUGAGUUGGGAACUAUUGGCUCAAGCAUUGAGUUGGCAGCAUAUGCUUAAUAGGUCCUGUGACUCUAAAUUUUGUCCAACAUCUCUACACUAACCAGUAUUGGCAACUAUUCACAGAAGAGAGUCAUAAGUGGAGGUUAAGCGCAAGGGCGUGCAGGUUGCCUUGGAACUUAGAAGCCUGAGUUACUGGAAUAAAGGGGACAAAAGAGCCUAGUGGUGGCUGCUUUAAUCAAUUCUUGUUAUUGUUAUGCCUUCUUACAACUAGUUAUCCUUCUCGCAUUCCUGGUCAGAGAGCCUGGCACUAGGGACACUCAAAAUGAGAAUGCCCAAGCAACAAGAUUGUCACUCUUUGUAUAUAGCUCUCUUUUUCUUUGACCCAUGUAAUGUAUGCUUUGCCAAUGAAAUGGACCAAUAGAAAUGCUGGCAAUAUUUAUUUCGUGACUUGCUAAUAAAUGUCUUUUGAUCUUUUUAUA